GGCCCGGGCGGCGGCGGAGCCCGAAGCGGCGUGAGGCGGCCGGCGACAGGCGACAUGUUCCGCUGCUGCGUGGCUGCCGCGCUGCGACCCCUCAGCCCUGCACCGCGGGGACGCGCCGCUGCCGCCGGCAAGUUGCUGCAGCGCUGGAGUGUGCCCCUAGACCUGCAGCCCAGCAGACAAGUGGCUGGCUCUGGUGUGCCCGGGGGCAAGGGCGAUAGCUCGCUCUUUGUCCUUAUUGUGAGCCUGUCCAGCUUAGGAGCAGGUGUCUAUGUGUUCAGAACGUUGAGAGAGAACAAAGAGCGCUUCACCAGCCGCGUCUCCACCAUCACCUCACGCUCUCAGGAUGGCGAAUCCUCCCCUCCCGGUACAGGUGCUGCUUCUGGGGGCACAGCAGCUGCAGGAGCUCGCCCUGAGGUCCCAUCUCAUGUCCCUUUCCUGCUGAUUGGUGGAGGAACUGCUGCCUUUGCUGCUGCCAGGUCCAUCCGGGCUCGGGACCCUGGUGCCCGGGUGCUGAUUGUGUCUGAAGAUCCUGCCCUGCCCUACAUGAGGCCACCCCUUUCCAAAGAGCUCUGGUUCUCAGAUGAUCCCAAAGUGACGGAGACUCUGCGCUUUAAGCAGUGGAAUGGCAAGGAGAGGAGCAUCUAUUUCCAGCCGCCCUCAUUCUACGUCCCUGUGCGUGACCUUCCCUUCGUGGAGAACGGUGGAGUGGCUGUUCUCUGUGGCAAGAAGGUCGUGCACAUGGAUGUCAGAGGCAACACUGUGAAGCUCAGUGAUGGUACCCAGAUCUCCUAUGACAAAUGUCUGAUUGCCACUGGUGGCUCCCCCAGGAACCUGCCUGCCAUCGAACGAGCAGGGAAGGAGGUGCAGCGCCGGCUGACGCUGUUCCGCAAGAUUGAGGACUUCAAAAACCUGGAGAAGAUUUCAAGAGAGGUCAAGUCCAUCACAAUCAUUGGGGGUGGUUUUCUGGGCAGUGAGCUGGCCUGUGCUCUGGGAAGGAGAGCACGAACCAGGGGCCUGGAGGUGAUUCAGCUCUUCCCAGAGAAUGGCAACAUGGGCAAGGUCCUACCUGAGUAUUUGAGCAACUGGACCACGGAGAAAGUCAGAAGAGAGGGUGUGAACGUCAUGCCCAACGCCGUGGUGAAGUCUGUCUCCCUCAGCGGCAGCCGGCUGGUGAUCCAGCUGAAGGAUGGCCGCAAGGUGGAGACUGAUCACAUCGUGGCUGCUGUGGGGCUGGAGCCCAACGUGGAACUGGCCAAGUCUGCAGGGCUGGAGGUGGACUCCGACUUCGGGGGGUUCCGGGUGAACGCGGAGCUGCAGGCACGCUCCAAUAUCUGGGUGGCAGGGGAUGCUGCCUGCUUCUAUGACAUCAAACUGGGCAGGAGACGUGUGGAGCACCACGACCACGCUGUUGUGAGCGGGAGGCUGGCUGGAGAAAACAUGACAGGAGCUGCAAAGCCCUACUGGCACCAGUCCAUGUUCUGGAGUGACCUGGGUCCCAACGUGGGCUAUGAAGCCAUCGGCCUGGUGGACAGCAGCUUGCCAACGGUUGGGGUCUUUGCUAAGGCCACAGCAAAAGACACACCCAAGAGUGCCACGGAGCAGUCAGGGACAGGCAUUCGGUCAGAGAGUGAAACAGAAGCAGAAGCCUCAGAAGUUCACAUUUCUCCCAGCUCCUCACCGACACCUCAAGUCCCAAAGCAAGGAGAAGAUUAUGGCAAAGGAGUAAUUUUCUACCUCAGGGAUAAAGUUGUGGUGGGAAUCGUCCUGUGGAACAUCUUCAACAGGAUGCCCAUCGCUCGGAAGAUCAUCAAAGAUGGAGAGGAACAUGAUGAUCUCAACGAAGUAGCAAAGCUCUUCAACAUCCAUGAAGAUUAAGCUCCAGAAGUGGGGGAAGAGCACGGCAGGGGUGAGCGAGGCCUCCACCUCAGCCAGCCUGUGAAUAUUUCCAGUCACCCAGGGCUCCCAGUUUGCACCAAUAAAGCCAGGUUGUUGUAAGUCCA